AUGUGUGGUUGAAGAUUUUACACAGAGCAACCAUCAUGCAAAAAGUCAAUUAACUUCACGGUAAUCUCAAGUCAGUCCACUUCAAAAUCACUACUCUCUUUCCGGAAAUUGCAUAGCAAUUGAAAGGAAAGAGAUCAAAGCAAAGAAGAAAGGUCAAGAAACACUCGUUUUUAGACAAACAACUCCAUUAUCUUGACCAAAAUCCCAGUCUUUGAACUGGGUUCUUGGAUUUUUUCACUCUUUUGAAAUACAAAAACUCGCACAAAAAACUCCGAAAUUAUGAUAAAAAAACUCAGUUCUUGAAUUGGGUUCUGGAGAGUUGAUAGAAACAAAGUUUUUGAAUUGGGUUCUUGAUAUUUUUCAGUUUAAAUCAAAGAUAUAUCCUUUUAUUUUAUUUUAUUUUUUUGGCUAUGUCUGUGGAAUCAAGCGCUGGUUCUGGUGAUCGUGGUGUACAUAAUUUUCAAGGAGUGCCCACUUAUGGUGGAAAAUAUGUGAAAUACAGUUUGUAUGGGAAUCUAUUCGAAGUUUCUAAAAAGUAUGUUCCCAUAAGGCCCGUGGGUCGCGGAGCUUAUGGCCUUGUUUGCGCUGCUGUAAACUCAGAGACACAUGAGGAAGUGGCCAUUAAAAAGAUCGGCAAUGCAUUUGACAAUAGGAUAGAUGCCAAGAGGACGCUAAGGGAAAUAAAACUUCUGUGCCACAUGGAUCAUGAUAAUGUGAUUGCAAUUAAAGACAUUAUCCGGCCUCCACAAAAGGAGAACUUUAACGAUGUCUACAUAGUUUCUGAACUAAUGGACACCGAUCUUCAUCAGAUUAUCCGAUCCAACCAACCAUUGACUGCUGAUCAUUGUCAGGUUUGGCCUCUCUUUAUUGUAACAAAUAGAACAUUCUGUCUCUUGUAUCGUUGCCACAGAUUGUUAACAUCUGUUGUUGCUCAGUAUUAUUAUUUAUUGUUGCUGUUUAAGAAAAAAACACUUGUUCUAUUAUUAUUAUUAUUUAUUUAUUUUUAUUUUUUUAUAAGAACUCCCUGGAAAUGCUUCUAUGACUUCGAGCGUGUUUGGCUUCAUUUUAGUGGGUUUUAUCCUCACAUAAAAAUUGUUCCUUUUUGUUUUCAAAAGCUCAUAGGUUCACCUGAUGAUGCCAGUCUCGGUUUUCUUAGAAGUGAUAAUGCCCGAAGAUAUGUUAGGCAGCUUCCGCAGUAUCCAAGGCAACCCUUUUCUGCUAGAUUUCCUAACACUGACCCUGGAGUGUUGGAUUUACUUGAGAAAAUGCUCGUCUUUGACCCAUGCAAGCGCAUUACUGUCGACGAGGCUCUCUGCCACCCAUACUUGGCUCCUCUUCAUAAUAUCAACGAAGAACCCGUUUGCCCUAUGCCUUUCGUUUUUGAUUUCGAGCAUCCAUCGUUCACUGAAGAGAAUAUCAAGGAACUCAUCUGGAGGGAAUCUGUAAAAUUCAACCCGGACCCGACUCAUUGAGAAGUGAGCUUAGCUUAUGUAGCUAGCAAGACUAUCAUCUGAAGAAAAUAUGUACUGAAUAACACUCGUCUACAAAAGUAGAAUGUGAAAUAAUUGUUGUGAAGUUAUCUGCGAUUUUAGAGUUUUGUUUCUUCUAUUUUCUCUGUAAUCCAAAUUUAUUGGACGAGUAGUAGACUGAUGUAUUAAAAUGUGUAGUUAACGUUGUAUUGUGAUUACCAUGCUCUUGAAAGUUUCUCUUGUAUUAAUAAGUAUUAAGCUGUGAUGAUAA